CAUCACAUGUGGUGCUGAUGCUCUCUCCAGCAGAUCUGUCUCAGCAGAGCGUCAUGCUGGUUCUCUUUUUCUCUGCAGUUCGCUCGAGGUGAAAGAACUCUGGCUGGAUACCCUUCUCUGGCAAACAAGAGAAAUCAAAGGAGCCAAAAUCACAAAAGUUGCAUCAACUAAAUUCCUGAUGAAGGUGCUAAGCAGCUGCAAUGCACCCAAAACCUUAAAUGCAAGUGAUAUGGAGACUUUGAUUGCAUGCCCAUCAGAGGUUGACAUCAAGAAAUACCACUUGUUCAUGCCAUGCGAUAGUGACGAUGGGCUAUGUCAUCUAAUUGAUAGUAAUAAGAAAAGAAAGAAAGUAAUAUCUUGGCCAUUUAUGCUGAGACGAGUCACCACUGGAUCAGAGACUCUGGGACACCUAGAACCCGACUUAAAGCCUUCUCUGUUUGAUCAGCCAUUGUCAAUUGUUUGUACUGAGGAUGAUAUGCUUCCCAAACCAAUACAGGAUAUCCUUACAAUACUUUUCCUGAAAGGACCUUUCACUGAAGGAAUAUUCCGGAAAGCUGCCAAUGAGAAAGCACGCAAGGAGCUGAAGGAAGAGUUAAACUGUGGAGGAAAAGUCAUGUUUGAAAAUGAACCUGUGCAUCUCCUAGCGGUGGUUUUUAAGGAUUUUCUCCGAAACAUUCCCCAUAAAUUGUUGCUGUCUGAGCUUUAUGAUGAGUGGAUGACUGCACUGGAGAAGACAACCCAUCAUGAAAGAACUGAAGCAAUAAAAGAGGUUUCAGGCAAACUACCAAAACCAAAUCUUAUUUUGCUCAAGCAUUUGCUCCAUGUGCUUCACUGCAUUAGUGAAAGCUCAGAGAUCAACAAAAUGGAUUCUAGCAAUCUUGCAAUCUGUUUUGGGCCAACCAUGCUGACUCCGAAUUGUGACCAAAGCCUGCCACUUGAAGUCCAGAAAGAGCUGACAGAUAAGGUGAAGACAUUGGUGGAAUUCCUCAUUGAUAACUGUUACGAUAUAUUUGGGGAAGAAAUCUAUGCACUAUUCAGUAUCUCUGCUGACAAUUCCCUGGACAGGACAGAAAUGCUGUCCGCAAGCCCACCACAUGAUUCUGCCUAUGACAGCACUGAACUUGAAGGAGAAUGCAAUUCCGGUGAUCUCCAGCCUAAUGAUCUAUCACAAGCCAGUGGGGCAGCCAGUAGGCCAAGCAGUACAGAGUUCUGCCCCCAACAGCCACUAGCCCAGACCCUCUCUCUCUCUUCGCUGACUCGCUUAAAACAAUCCAUAAGCAAAUUGGAUAGGAGGUUCUCUGAACCAGACAUGUUCUCUCCUAAGGGCUGCCAGAAAGGCCAAAUGAGAAGCCAGAAGCUCACCAAAAGUGAGGAGAACUUUAGACAACAAGAGGAAGCGGGGUUGAAGUGUCAAGAGCUGGGAAUACAAAUGGAAGGAAAAGCUUAUCUUUCAGGCCUCUAUAGGAACAAAAAGCCACCAAACCAAACUAUCAAACUGUCCAGCAGUUCCUUGCCCAGAACCUCCUCCAGCAAUUCACUAGACAGUGCCUCCUCAAUCUCAGACUGUUCUGUCUUCUCCAGCUCACCACUGCCAUCACCUUUGAAGAGAAAUUUCUUACCUCGGCCACAGUCUUUUUCUACCAAAACUUCAGAUGGGAGUAACACGUCCAUCCGAGAACUCAAGAAGCACUCCAUGUCAUUUUCUGUGGCGAUGUGCAAGAAGGUGCUUGCGAAGAGCCAGAGUUGCAACGUGGGAGACUUUCAAAGGGACAAUUUCAAAGGGGACUCCAAGAAAGAGAGACAUCUUUCCUGCCGAAUAGUUCAGGCAACUUGUGCGGAUAACCACAAGCCAGCACUGGUGGGGUGUCACCCAAGGUCCCGUUUCUUGUCAGCAGAUGAGGUGUUUCGCCUUGUGGAUAAAAAAAAUCCUGGAAAGCCUCCAUCCUAUGAAGAGGCUACCAAAAACUGUUCCGUUUGUAGACUUCCUUCAUAUGGGAACUUAACCAUUCAAAAUAUGAGGCCCACUGUGCUGCCUCCAGACUCUGAGCCUCAACGUCCCAGGCUCAGUAGAGAGGCCAGAAACAAAGCACAUAAGGACCUUUUUAAUGACAGGGUCUCUGUGAAUGGAGAUUUGAAGGACAAAGCUGUUGAUGUUGUUAUUGGGAUACAUUCCCGGGCAAAUUUGCCUCUGACCCCUCAAGUCUACCGCCUUAGGACCAUGUCUGGGUCUUAUCAAAAGAACAAACAAGAAUAUCUGAUGCGGCGGUGCAGUCAGCCAUCCUUUGACCACAUACAGUGUGCAAAGGAGUCCUAUGUUUAACAUCUCUGUCCUGUUUCAACACAAUGGCAUGAAAGCAAGUCUUUUGCCCAACAUUGCUGCACCUAAUAUAUGCUCUCCUGUCUCCGCUUUUCCUAAAAAGAUGUCAUUUGCGCAGCAUCAUAUGGAAUGGGUGUUGCUCUUCUAUACCGCAUGUAGAUCUUGUACAUAAUGGAUAUAUCUAUGGUUAUCGAUGUUCAUAAACUUUAAAAGCACACUUUUCAAGCUGAGCAAGAGGAUUGGUGGUUUUAUCCCUCUUGUUCUUAUAUAAGUUUUACAUCGUGUGAUUUAUUUCUUCCCCGUUAAAAAUAUAGACAGAAGUUCAGUACCCACAGAAUUAGAGAAGCUGAAGGUGGCAGGGGGUUGGGGGUUGGGAAUGCUGUAGAGCCCAUCUCAACCCUAUGACAAAGCAAAAUUAUUCUUUGCAACAUACCUGGCUCUACUAGCUUGUCUGGUUUUGUAUUACUCAAGUGAUACCAUUUCCAACAUUUCCUCUUUAGUUGUUAUUUCCUGCUGAAAUAAACCUCAAUCUUAUGAAACGAUCCCUGCCAAAAGAUGUAGGAUCCACUUUCUAUUUCUUUGAAACCUUGAACAGUCCUAGUUGAUUAGCUACCCUCAUC